AUUGAAUAUGCCCUUUUUUUUCCCAAGAGUGUCCAGAUACAUCAACGGAGGAAGUAGGCAGUUCGGGUUGGUUCAUAUGAGGAUUAACUGUCAAGGCAGGUGGCAGCUUGAUUAGUGUUCUAAACAACUAAUUAUUGUUGUAAACCCAUUCAAUUUGUGGAACAAGAUAUUUGCAGAACAGUGGUUUGUGAUUUGGCACACAAACUAAGGGGGAAAUGCGGUGAGGAAUACCCUUCCCGUCCUUUCCUUCUUUCUCUCCCCCGGAUUUUCGCAUCUACUUCUUAUCUCUCUUGCCUACUAAUUAAAUCACCACAUUAAGAACCUUUCUUCUUUCCUAUUUUACCUCUCCCUUGCAGAUUCCAUAGGGAAUCAGGGAUCUCUCUCUCUCUCUCUCUCUCUCUCUCUCUUUUGGGUCCAAUAGUGUCAUAAGGGAUUCUCCCAUUCUCAGAGCUACACCCACACAGUCUCUGUUUCUUUUUGCAGGUAAGUAGCAGGAAAGAAAGUAACACAAACCAGGGUAACUGAUACAUCAUCUGUGAGAGACCAAACCAAUGGCAGUAGAUGAUAUCUAUACAGGAGAUGGAACAACAGACAUAAAUAAAAAACCAUCAAUUAAGAAGGACACUGGAAGAUGGAAGGCUUGUUACUUCAUUCUCGGGAAUGAAUGCUGCGAAAGGUUGGCAUACUAUGGCAUGAGCACUAAUCUGGUGAACUAUCUUACUACUCGUCUCAAUGAAGGAAAUGUCACUGCAUCAAAUAAUAUGACCAAUUGGUCUGGAACGUGCUAUUUUACUCCUUUGCUUGGAGCCUUCCUAGCCGAUGCUUACCUGGGAAGAUAUUGGACAAUUGCCAGUUUCUCUAUCCUGUACUUUUUGGGGAUGUCACUGUUAACAAUGUCUGCUGCUGUACCUGGAUUAAAGCCAUCGUGCAACAGUGAUGGUGUUUGCCACCCUACACAGACUCAAGUUGGGGUCUUCUUUCUGGCAAUUUACCUCAUUGCUCUUGGGACUGGUGGAAUUAAACCAUGUGUUUCCUCCUUUGGAGCAGAUCAGUUUGAUGAAACUGACGAGGAUGAGAAGAAAAAGAAGAGCUCCUUCUUCAAUUACUUUUACUUUUCAAUCAAUAUUGGUGCUCUCAUUGCUUCCUCGGUGCUGGUUUAUAUACAAAUGAAUGUUGGCUGGGGGUGGGGUUUUGGAGUCCCAGCUGUUGCCAUGGCUAUUGCAGUUGUUAGUUUCUUCUCAGGUACCAGUUUGUACCGCCAUCAGAGGCCUGGAGGCAGCCCCUUGACAAGAAUUUUCCAGGUCAUAGUUGCAUCCUUCAGGAAAAUCAAGGUAAAAGUUCCUUCAGAUGAGUCCCUUCUUUUUGAGACUACAGACCAGGAGUCAGCUAUCCAAGGAAGUCGCAAACUUGAUCACACAAAAGCAAUGAGUUUCUUUGACAAGUCGGCUGUGGAGACUCAGGAGGACCGCAUGAAAGCAUCGGUAGACCCAUGGCAACUCUGCACAGUCACCCAAGUUGAGGAGCUCAAAUCCCUUAUAAAACUGCUCCCAAUAUGGGCUAGUGGCAUUAUCUUUUCGACUGUCUAUGGCCAGAUGAGCACCAUGUUUGUUCUGCAAGGAAACACCAUGGAUCCCCACAUCGGUCCCAAUUUCAAGAUCCCUUCAGCAUCACUUUCCAUCUUCGACACCAUCAGUGUCAUAUUCUGGGCUCCAGUCUAUGACCGCAUUAUUGUUCCAUUCGCAAGAAGGUAUACUGGUCACAAAAACGGCUUCACACAGCUGCAGAGGAUGGGAAUUGGUCUUGUCAUCUCCAUUUUUGCAAUGUUGUCUGCAGGCAUUGCUGAAGUUGCACGGCUCAAUAUGGUGAGGAAGUAUAACUACUAUGACCGUCAGUACCUGCCUAUGUCGAUCUUCUGGCAGAUUCCACAAUACUUCCUUAUUGGAUGUGCAGAGGUGUUCACCUUCAUUGGGCAGUUGGAAUUCUUCUAUGACCAGGCACCAGAUGCAAUGCGAAGCAUGUGUUCUGCCCUCUCACUUACAACUAUGGCUUUUGGUAGCUACCUAAGCACUGUGCUCGUAACCGUCAUUACAAAAAUAACUACUAGUCAUGGUAGACUUGGUUGGAUACCAGAUAACCUCAACAGGGGCCACCUCGACUACUUCUACUGGCUCUUGACUGUGCUCAGCAUCCUUAACUUUCUGCUCUAUCUCUGGAUCUCCAAAUGGUACACCUAUAAGAAGGUAGCUGGGUCUCCAUCUUGAUAAUUUCUGCAUCAACCCAUCUGCAUUAUGAAGAUGGAUAGUAUAGGUACUAGUGGAUUUGUAGCUUUGUUUCUACUGUAAUCAUAGUUUUCAUUCAAUACUCUCCGUUGCUCAUGUUCGUAUGCUGUAAAUAUCCCCAUUUAAUGAAAUUUAUUUGGAUUCCAA